AGAAGUAUAGAGCAUCUAGGGGUGGGGAGAUGAGCUCACCGCGGCAUAGGCACGAUGGAACUUCUCCUCUGCCUUUGGGUAUGGAUUGGAGCCCUCCCCCUCGUCACUGGGGAGGGAAACUGUUUGGCCUCAUGAUCCUCGCACAGGUUGGAGUUACUGUGUUAUAGUACCAUCCUGGGUUGUCCUGGCAAAGUCUAGAGAUUCAGAUGCUAUAGUGGUAAUUUAAAUGUUUAUGAAUGUUAAGUAACCUGCUUUGGCACCUAAAUAUUGUUUUUAUUAUACAUGAAUCAAUUCUAAAAAUUAAAGAUGGAAGUAGUGUUCAUGAAUUUCUUUUUACUACUAAUCAAUCAGCUCUUAUGUACUUUGUUUCCAAAUGGACAGCCCGUGGAAGUGAACGGAUAAGAAGUUCCUCUUAUUCUGUGUACUGCGAUACGGCAUCAUCUUCUCUUUUAAUUGUGUGAUUGGAAUCAUAAUUUGACAGAAAACUAAGACUUGUAAUGACUUUCUUAGCUUAAAGCAUGGGGGAGUACGUGUGAGCCUGAUCUUAUUGAAUGUAUUUUCUAUAUCUGUGGUAGGUUCCAGUAGAUGUUAGCUACUUUCUUGGCAUAUUUUACCACUGUAGGCAUUAUGGUCCUUAUUACUAAGUAUGGAACACUUAAUGGAAAUGAUAUCAGUCUGACAGUCUCUGUAGUAUGAGCAUUCUUCAGUGCGUUCAUUAUAUCUGCAUUUUAAGAUGUAUUUAGAUGCUUUUUGCAGCAAUAUAUUUCAUCAUAUUGUCUAUAUGCUCUAACCACCAAGUAUAUCUGCAUUUUAAGAUGUAUUUAGAUGCUUUUGUGGCAAUACGUUUCAUCAUAUUGGCUAUAUGCUCUAACCACCAAGUAUAGAACUCUUGAUGUAAAUGAUUCUCGUCUCUGGAGAGUGAGCUUUUCCAGAAGUAUUACCUUAGUUGGAGUCUCUGGAAGUUUUGAUCCUCAGUCAGUUACACUUCUUUUCUUUUGUCUAUGAUUUCCAUAUAGAUUCAUACGUAUUUCUAAUGUGGCACAGUAAUAAGUCAGAAAUUAACCAGUCUUCGUGACUACUCACUUGGGAGUAUAAAGUGGAGGCCUCUGUUUGAAAUACUUAUUUAUAUUCUAUUUUAUGUACCUUACGAGCUUGAAGUGAGAUAAUCUAGUGGUUGAUUUCAUGCCAAUUGCAAUAUGAGAACAGGACUUGGGAGCUGAGAUAAUAUUUGGCUUCUUGAUUCAAUCAUUUUUUUAAAAGUAUAUCACUUUGUGAUGUUCCCCUUAUUUUAUUCUUAUGAGCUGACAUGAGGACAGCUAAUAGAUGGCAAGUGUAAAUGAGGAGUAGAAGAAGUACUUACUAAGCAUACGUAUAAGGGGCUUUUGCAUUGUUGUUAGUUUCACUGUCUUAAUUGUUAAUCAUGUGCUUUCGAUUAUCUUGGAUGGAAAAAUGGUCUUUUGUAAAGAGUGUUAUACAGGUAGGUGCUGAACCCUGGUUUUGGACUUGUAUUUGCCUGGAGAGUGGGAGCUGAAUUGUGAAUCUUAUAUUGGAUUAAGUGUGGUUUCAUUGAUGAGUUCGAUGAUUUCCUGAGGAAGUCCAUUUCAGUAGUAAUUUAAGUUCUACAGACUUUUUUUACAGGGUAGUGGUCGGCAUACAAUCACCGGCGGGAAUUACAACCACAAGGACUGUAUUAAGAAGAUUUAAUGAUUUCUUGAAGCUGCAUGCUGCACUUAAAAGAGCAUUUCCACAGAAGAACCUUCCACCAGUCCCCCCGAAGGGACUCCCGCGAAUGAAAACUAGAGCAAUGUUGGAAGAGAGACGGAAUUCUUUGGAGGAAUGGAUGGCAAGAUUGCUAUCAGACAUUAACUUAUCAAGAAGCGCUGCAGUUGCAUCCUUCCUUGAACUAGAAGCUUCAGCUAGAUCAUCAUUCCAAGAUGAUGGGAAGAACAGUCCAGGUUCAAAUAUUACAGUGACUUCUGCGGUCCCAUCACUUCAGUUUCAUCCAAAUUCGAGCUUGUCUGUGGUAGAUAGUAGUUCACUGACAUCAGAUUAUGGUAGUGAUACUGCUUAUGAGACAUCUGAGUUUGGAACUCCGAACCUUGGAAAGGAUAAUUCUGAAGUUGGGACAGAGGAUCUAUCACUGGAUGACGACUUAACAAGUCCGAUAGAUAAGUUUGUCAAGUAUGGCAUGUCAAAUAUAGAUGAGAGCUUGUCUAUGGGACAGGCUAUUUUAGAGCAACUUGAAGGUUUUCCGAAACACAAACUGUAUGCCAAAGAGAUUCAUAAUAAUGUGGUGAACAAUACUAGCAAUGGUGGUUCUUCUAAAAUCUCUCAUCAUACUGGGGAUAUGUUGGAACUUCUUUCAGAGACAGAGCAAGGUUCAGUAGGUCUUCAUACUCGAAAGGUCUCUAGUGAGAGUAUUGGAAGUGACAGGAAUUCUCAGAGGGGCAGCGAAUUGUCAAAUUUAGGAAUUGCUAGUUCAAAUGGAUAUGUGCCUGUUGACAAUUACAGUGGGGCUGAGGCCUUGAGAAACAAUGGAACUAUUGGAAAUACAGAUUUUCAGCUUCCGGAUGAUGUACAACUGGUUCUCCCAACAAAUCAGCGCCAGAAAAUGAACAGAGUAGUUAUGCUAAUGCAACAGAGGCUGGUUGCAGCUAAAACUGACAUGGAGGAUCUCAUAUCAAGGUUAAAUCAAGAAAUUGCUGUGAAAGACUAUCUCGCUUCAAAGGUGAAUGAUUUGGAAGUUGACCUUGGAACUACUAAACUGAAAAGCAAAGAGAAUCUUGAACAAGCUAUCUUGAUUGAAAGGGAAAGAGUUACCCAAAUGCAAUGGGAUAUGGAAGAACUUCGGCGGAGGUCAAUAGAAAUGGAAUUGAAGUUGAAUUCUCAACAGGGCCAAAAGCUAGAUACAGUAUCAACAAAAGCAUCUGUUAAUCAAGAGAAAGAUGCAUUGCAGGAGGACUUGGAUCCCACAAAACAACAGCUUGAAGAAUUGUUGAAGCAACAUCAAGACCUGGAAGUGAAGUCGAAAGCUGAUAUUAAAGUUCUUGUAAAAGAAGUUAAAUCUCUAAGAAGUUCUCAUGUAGAAUUGAAGCAGCAACUUAGUCAAUCACUCAGUGAAAAAUCUGAGGCCGAGCAACUCCUUCAAAGAGAGAGAGAGAGAACUAAGCAAGCAAGAACCUCUUGGAGGAAGCUGCUACACAAGUGCAAGAUUCUUCACGAUAAGCUACAGGAAUCCCAGGUCAACGUAUUACAUAGAACAGAAAAUAAUCUAGUUGUGGAUAAUCCAUUAGGUUCGAAUGCUUUGGAUGUUAUAGCCGCAUCUGACAAUCAUAUUGGCCUUCUAAUUGAGGAGGUGCAGCAUUUAGCUGAGGUUGCUGAUUACUCAUCUUCAACUUUUAAUGGAGAUACUAAUCUGGAUUAUAACAUGAGCUCAGUAGACGAGGAGCUGAGGACGACACUGAUGACCUUCUUAGUCGACAAUGGCGUAUUGAGAAAACAGGUGAAUUCAAUUAUUCUUUGUGCUCUUAAAUUGAAAAAAUCGCUUGAGAAAGGUGAUUGUGAACCCCCUUCUAAUGUAACUGUAUAAAAUGAAGUUUCAAAUUGAUAAUAUUGUAUUGAGUUUUGUAAAUCUAGCAGGUCUACAUUUACUGUAUCCUUGAUCACCAUAAAAUGAAUGUGAUAAAUGAAUCCUUGUUGUAGAGAGUUGUAAUAUGGUGUAAUAUUUUUCCCUAUCACUUCACUAUCCCAUGUAUACAAUUCUUCAAACUGUUUUUCUGUUUAUGUUCUAUACAAAGAAACCAACAUUUGAUA